UCGAGAAGUAAAAGAGGUGAGAAGCAACAGAAGACAAAAAGAUGAAGACUUUUACCCUGUUCAUCCUUGUUGCAGUGCUGUCUGCAUGCACAUCCACAGGAGUGUAUAACAUUGUUGCUGAACCGGACCCCGCUCCAGCAGACGAUCCUGCUCCAGCUGCAGAUACCGUUUCAGUUUCCGAUUCAUCCUCUGCCUCAGACUCUGCAUCUGAUUCAGCAUCCGACUCAGCGUCCGACUCUGAUUCUGCAUCUGACUCCGCUUCGGAUUCUGCAUCCGAUUCAGCCUCUGAUUCCUCCUCCUCAUCUGAGUCCAAUUCUGCCAGUUCUGAAGCCACAGGGGCACCCGUCGAUCAUGUAAUGGUCAAGAGAUCUCUCGCCACUGCCAUGCUCAGGAGACACAGACGAGCAGGAAGUACAGCAGCAGCAGAUCUGACCCCAGUUCAGCUUGAAAGUCUGAGAGAGGUGUGUGAGGCUAACGUGGCUUGUGAACACAUGUCUGAUACAGAUGGCAUUGUGGCUGCUUACACAGCAUACUACGGCCCCAUCCCUUUUUAAACUACUUCAUAAGAAGCUGCUUCUAUAACAACCCAAUCUUGAUACUAUGCAGACGAACGAAAAAAGGCUUUGUACAAGUGAAACAGGUUCUGAAAAGAGGAAAGGGGUGAAACAUCUGUGGCUGUUUUAUGCUUGAAAGUACGAGGUUUUGCUAUGCUGUGU